GCCAACAUCACACUGGGCUAGUUAGCGAUCAGUGGGCAGUCGGUAUUGCGGAACAAAUAUCAAACUAGAUGAGUUUACCACAGCAAAACCAUGUCGCCUGAUUAGGAAUCAUCAUGCCGUUAACUGCAGCAUGAGAUCAGAGAAGUAGACUAUGACAUGCUGUCACGGAUCUUUUGAUUUGUUUGUUUAAUUUCAGGCUGCUUGUGAUGAUAUUAGCGGUUGCUAAGCGUUUCGUGAUUGUGUGAUUAAAGUUGAGCAACAACAUCCAGACAAUCGAUCCAAACCGCUCUGGCAGCAUAUCAACAGUGGAUGUACGUCUUAGUUCUUUUGAUCUGUAGGGAACAGAUACACACAUACAGUUCUCUGGCUAACUGGCUAGUAAACCAGUCCAUGUAAGAAGGUUCUGUUGGCAUCAGCCAGUGACUGAUUGCUCGGAUUUUGCAUCUCAGAGUGAGUCAGCGCUAGGAUCUUUUGUCGUUUUGCUGCUCUCACGGGUGAUCGUGUGGAAUGGAUGACUUCAGCUCCAUCAGUCUGCUGUCUCUGGCUAUGCUGGUUGGCUGUUAUGUGGCUGGAACUAUUCCCCUGGCUGUCAACUUCUCUGAGGAGAAGCUCAAGUUGGUGACUGUAGUGGGUGCGGGACUGUUAUGUGGCACUGCACUGGCUGUCAUUAUUCCAGAGGGGGUUCAUGCGCUCUAUGAGGAAAUGCUGGAAGCUGGGCACCAUCAUGGCCAUGGGAAGGUGGAGGCGGAAGUUUCCGAGGCAAAGGUUGUAGAAGGUGUGGUGAGGCCCAGCAGUGAACACGGCCAUGGCCAUGAGCAGCUCCACGCAUAUAUCGGUGUCUCUCUGGUGCUGGGCUUUGUCUUCAUGCUGCUGGUGGAUCAAAUCGGCAGUUCUCACAUGCACAGCAGUGAUGAUCCAGAGGCAGCAAGGGCUGCUAGCUCAAAAUUUACCACAACACUUGGAUUGGUCGUCCACGCUGCAGCUGAUGGGGUUGCGCUUGGAGCUGCUGCGUCCACCUCUCAGACCAGCGUCCAGCUCAUUGUGUUUGUGGCCAUCAUGUUGCAUAAGGCCCCUGCUGCAUUUGGACUCGUAUCUUUCCUCAUGCAUGCCGGUUUAGAAAGAAACCGUAUCCGGAAACAUCUGUUAGUCUUUGCCUUGGCGGCUCCUGCUUUGGCCAUGCUCACAUACGUAGGACUCAGUCAGAGCAGUAAAGAGGCACUGUCUGAUGUCAACGCUACUGGUGUGGCCAUGCUGUUCUCUGCCGGCACCUUCCUGUACGUGGCUACGGUGCAUGUUCUACCAGAGGUGGGCGGCAUGGGGGGCCACAGCCACUCGCCUGGGGGGAGUGGAGGGAAAGGACUGAGCAAAGUGGAGGUUGGAGCUCUGGUACUAGGCUGUCUGAUACCACUGGUGCUCUCCAUCGGCCACGAGCACUAGUGUUCUUCACUUGAAGCUACAUAAAAGACAAAACCAUACCAGAAAGAGCAAAUGGGACUUUGAACAGCGUUGGCCAAACAAGAACCUCACAUUUUGAAUCAUGUCUCUGUCAGUUUAUUGAAUUCAGUGGUUGGAUUGAAUGUAAGAACAUUCGAGAUUGGUACAGGAUUUGGGAAGCAUCUAUGGACUUCCGGAAUGGGUGGCCCUGCCCCUCCACAAAGCACUGUGUGCAUCUUACAUUGACCAUACACAAAUAAAUGCCAUCAUGUGUCCAGCUCUUUUUUUUUUUUUCUUUUUUUUUUCUUCAGUGGUGCAGAUUUUUUCAAGUUUAUAAGGAUAGGUUGUGGUUGGAUUGUCAUGCAGGCUAUAAAUGUGGUAUUCUAGCAGUUUUUGGAUGGAAUAUGAUCAUGAAUCUUUUAAAAGACAAACAGACACAGAUGUUGCUGUUAUAAAUAAUCAAAUAGUUCUGAAAUGUUUUUUAUUCCUUACAGACAUGAGCCCCAAGAUUGUAAUUGUAAGUUUAUUUUCCCUUUUUCACACAUAUCUUCAGUAUUGAUUUGUAAUUUUGAACAUUAUAAUGAAAUUAUACCUGAUAUAUAUAUAUAUAUAUAUAUAUAUAUACACAUUUUUUUUUUGUUUGUUUUUUUUUUUUGCUUUAAGCUGGUGAACACCAAAAAGCGUUGUUACCUAACAAGAAGUGCUAAACUUUUUUCUUAUAUAUUUUUUUACUUUGAUUCUCCCACCCCCUUUAGCCUUUUUAUUUUAUAAUUUAUUUGUUGUUGUUAACAAGACAACAAUUUCUCCUUACUCGAUGUUCUAAUAGUCAAUAUGCUUCUGGAAAAUUAUGGGAAUAUUCACGGAAGAAUGGGCUAGUUUUGUACUCAAACUUGGUUGCUGCCAAAAAGUUUUUCUUCUUGGAUCGCUCAUUAAAUUUAUAGAAUUAUUGGAGAAUCUAAUCAUGUGUAGAUAGUAAUUGAACAAAUGUGACAUCUGUAUUUGGUCGUAGACCAUCUGGGGGACCGCUGAAGGAUCAACGUUUCCAAAUCUUUAUAUUAAGCAGUUUUUCUUUUUUUUUUUAAUGAAAGAAGCUGUGUUUGAGGUUAUUGUACACAGAUACAUAAUUUAACCCAAUUAUGACACUGGAAAUGUUCAGUGUCCAAAGGCUCAGCUAUUGGACACAUUGUUCUUUUUAGUUCAGUGCAUGCACAGCUUUGUUAUUUGACUUUAAAGUCAUUACUCUAGCCUGAUUGGUUGUUGAAUCCUGGAGAAAGGAUCUGAUUAGUCAGUCAGAUGUUUUGUUCUGUGAAGCCUGCUCGGAGCAAAGCCUGUGUACUGUAAAUAUGUAUUUUCUGUAUAAAUGACAAACAAAUGCUCCAGACAAAAAGAGAGAGAGAGAGAAAAGCUCCUAGAUGCCCUAUUUGAGAUGCAUUCAAAACCAUAUUGUCUUUAGUCGAACUUCAGUUUAUUGUAUAUAACAAGUGGGGAAUUGAGAUUAUUUUUAAUUACAUAUAAUGACAUCGAUAAUUCCACUUUAUAAAGGUCUUCAGUGUCUUAACUGGUCCUACAGAGAAAUCGAGGUCAGUUGUGAAGAAUACAGGAUGGAUCUCUGAUCCUGUAGGUGGUGGUGGCAUAGUGGUUACCUGGGAUGGUAACCUGAAGGUUUUAGAUUAAAACCGUGAUUCAUGAACUUGGCAGGAUGUUGUGUAUCAACAAUAUGAUCACAAGCAAGUUACUUUAAGGUUGCUAAUUAGAAACCAGGACACCAGCAACUACUCAUGGGGCUUAAAUAGAUUUGCUAAGUCAUAGUCUAUCAUAAAAGCUGUUAGUGCUUUUAGCUCUCUAGCCCCCUCAUCUUAAUGUAGUACGCAAGUACAGCGUCAACCUCAAACUAGUGCAAGAUACACUGUUGAGCCGAGGCUUCAUGGUGACUUGUAUAGUAUGUCACUUUUAAGACUACUUUAAAGGGCAAGUUGGAGGUAAAUUAGCCUCAUUUGAAUCCAAAAGUGUGUCCUUCGCCUAGUGAUUUGGGACGGAUAUUAAAUGGAACUGAAUUAUUAUGGAGAUUUGUUUGGUGAAAUUUGGUGCCAUAUUGUUUGGACCUCUUUUGACCGGUUCCAUGGCCAUAGCUCUGAUUGUUACUUGGUUGGAUCUGUUAGGAUUGAGGAUGGGCAGGGAUGCUAAUAGUAUUUAGGAUAGAGCUUUUACAAUUACAAAGUGAGGGAUUGGAGGGGUGGGGUAUGUUGAAAUCAGGCUGAGAUUGGGGGGCUUUUAUGUGAUCAUUCCACAAGAGGACUAUGCCUUAUUUUUCUUGAUUGUUUAACUUUAAAUGGUUGUAAAACUUUUGUUCUUGGUGAUUGGAAUAAACUUGUUUUCUUUUUUUAAUGGAUGCAAAUCUUAAAACGUAUCUUAUUUUGCCUGUUUAAUAACAUUUGGAACUGCAUUGAACAAUAUUUUCAGAUUGUGUAAUAAUGAAGCAAAUAAAUGAGGAAUGAGUAACCUUUUAACGA